AUGCUUUCAUCACUAAUUUUUACACUCUUAAUUUCUAACAUAAUUGCUCUUUCUUAUGAUUAAAAUCCUUAAAUCAGCAAAAAGUCAUUAAGAAAUUUAGCUUAUUGCAAUACAAGUUGUUAAUGUACUGUAUCAUUCACAUGUACUAGCUGCUCAAAUUCAAGUUAUUACUACUAUCCUGACACUAGUGAAUGUUAUUAAUCUUUUUACUGCACAUAAACUUAUUCUAAUGGCGAAAUUUAUACUCCAGAUCCAACUAACAAAGUAUGUUGUAUAAGAAACUGUGCAACAUGUUAAAAUAAUGGAAACGAAGAUUAAACAUGUUUUACUUGUUUAGUAGGCUAUUAUUUACCAUCAGUAGGAGCUAAUACCUGUAAUUAAUGUAAUUCAUCAUGUUAUACUUGUAACGGCCCAAACUCUAAUAAUUGUUUGAGUUGUGUUGCAGGAUAAAUUUUACUAAACAAUACUUGCUAAAAUACUUGCCCUUCAAGUGGUUAUUAUAUUAGUGGAAACAACUGUUUAAAUUGUGACCCUUCUUGUAAAACAUGCAAUGGAUAGACAAAUAAUAAUUGUUUAUCAUGUCCAACAGGGGUAUAUUUUUAUCCUAAUAACAACUCUUGUUAAUCAACAUGCAUAAGCGGUUACUAUAUAAAUGGAACAAGCUGUUUAUUAUGUAACUCAAGUUGUUUAACUUGUAAUGGUCCUUCUUAAAACAAUUGCCUCUCAUGUCCAGCAGGUUAAUAUCUAUUUUAAAAUAAUACUUGCUCUUCAACUUGUAAUAUUAAUAAUGGGUAUUACAUAAUCGGAACUAACUGUUUAUAAUGUAAUUCAAGUUGCUUAACCUGUAAUGGACCUAAUUCAAACAAUUGUCUAUCAUGUCCUUUUGGUUAAUAUUUAUUUUAGAAUAAUACUUGCUCUUCUAUUUGUAAUAUUAAUAAUGGGUAUUACAUAUAAGGAACUAACUGUUUAUAAUGUAAUUCAAGUUGCUUAACCUGUCAUGGACCUAAUUCAAACGAUUGUCUUUCAUGUCCUUCUAAUUUAUAUUUAAAUUUGAACUAUACUUGCUCAGCUACUUGUAAAACAAAUAGUGGGUAUUACAUAAGUUUUAAUAGCUGCUUACAAUGUAAUUCAGACUGUUUAACUUGCAAUGGUCCUUCUUCAAAUAACUGUCUUUCAUGCCCCUCCUUAGUAUAUUUAUUUGAGAAUAAUACUUGCUAAUCUACUUGCAAUACUAAUAAUGGAUAUUAUAUUAAUGGUACUAACUGCUUGCGAUGUAACUAAAGUUGCUUAACUUGUAAUGGACCUAAUUCAAACAAUUGUCUAUCAUGUCCUUUUGGUUAAUAUUUAUUUUAGGAUAAUACUUGUUCAGUAACUUGUAACACUAGUAAUGGAUAUUAUAUAAAUGGUACUAGCUGCUUAAAAUGUAAUUCAAGGUGCUUAACAUGUAAUGGACCUAACUCAAAUAAUUGCCUUUCAUGCCCUUCUAGUAAAUAUUUAUUUUGA